CAAUUACUACCAACGAAGAAGAGAAAUAUCCGGCAUCAGCCAUCACCUUUUCCGGUGCUUGGGUCCACAUUUAGCAAGUCAAGACGUUGUUUUGUGAAAUAUUUACUGAACGAACUUGCCAUUUGUAGCUACAUAAGAAAAGAUCAACAUGACAGAGGCCAUUCAAAAGAAAUUAAACACCGAGUUAGAAAAAUAUACUCAGAUGCAAAAAGAUGUUAGCAAGAGCAUGUCAGCCCGACAGAAGCUGGAAACGCAGCUUGCAGAGAACAAUAUCGUAAAAGAGGAGCUUGAUAUAUUAGACAGUGCAAAUACAGUGUACAAAUUGAUUGGCCCUGUUUUGGUAAAACAAGAUUUGGACGAGGCCAAGGCGACUGUGACAAAAAGGCUGGAAUACAUCAAUGGAGAAAUUCAGCGGUAUGAUACGCUCCUGAAAGACUUGGAGAAGAAGUCCGACCAGCACCGACAGCUUUUGUCCAGUUUACAGCAGGAGUUUCAGAAAGCGCAAGGCCUCUCUGUGGGUAAAGUCUGACCAAGUGAAGAAAUGCAAAUCUUCAGUAUGCGCGCAUGCCCUUCCCAUAGACACACUUGUAGCCCGACAGCUCAGAAGAUGGGAUCGAAAUCCACCUGCAUCUCUGUCAUUCAAAUGCAACUUUACCGUUGCAACGCUUCUGUUUGUAAUUAAUAAUAAACUUUUUUUUCAUGAAACUGUUU